AUGAGCGCCCCAUCAAAGACCAUCUACUUCACGCGCCACGCGCAAGCUGAGCACAAUGUCGCGGACGACUACAGCAUAGCCGAUGCGCCAUUAACCGCGCUCGGGCGAGAGCAAUCGGCGCGACUGUCCCCACUGACAGCGGGUACGAUACAAAAAACGGCGGAGCUGGUAGUGAGCUCACCGUUGCGCCGCCCCAUGCAAACCAUGCUCGAGGGGUAUCCAGAGUUAGUGCAGCGACUGCAAUCCGCCGGUAAGCCACCGCUACUUGUCACUAUUGCGCAAGAGAUCAACGCGUACCCCUGCGAUACCGGCAGCGAGCCCCACCUCCUCACAAGCGACCCUGAGUUCGCCUCGCUGGACUUCUCGGAUGUCCACCCAAACUGGACUAACAAGCAGGGCAUUUACGAUCCAGCUAACGCUGGCGAGAGAGCGCGCAAGUGCAGGGAGUGGAUCAGACAAAGACCAGAGAGCGAGAUUGUUUUCGUGGCUCAUGGCGAUAUACUCAGGUGGAUCACUGAUGGUUAUAAUUCGGGCAAAUAUUGGGGUAAUGCCGAAGUGCGCACUUAUACCUUCAAACAUGAUGAUGAUGAGCAGGCUCUCGUCGUGCCUAAGCCUGGUGGCUUGCACUACGAGGUGGGCGAUAAGGGCCCCACCAGCUCAUCACACCAGUUUAACAAAUAA